AUGGCUGAGACCGCGACCAAGCAGGCGACCCCGUCCUUCGUCGGGGCCAGUAAGGUCGUACAGACCGAGUAUCCCCUCAUUGACAACGACCCGUACUGGGCGUUGCUGACCCUCGGCAGUCACUUCAAGCGAGUCGUGGGAUAUGCCCGUACUUCCGAUUAUAUUUACGGUACCAUUGCCGCCGCUUUCGCCCCUACGGCCCUUUACACCCUUGAGAAGUUUGCCCCUUCACAUGUAGGAAAGGGUGGUUUCCCUAAGGCCAUGCGAUUGGCAGGAGGUGUCGGUCUUCUCGGUGGCUUUCUCUACUUCUACCAGCGAUCAGCCCUUCGAUUCUACGGUGCUACCGAGAACUCCCGCGAGAUCGAGAUGGAUAUGCGCGAGAUGGUUGAUAAGGUCAAGAAUGGCGAGUCUCUGUACGGCAUUAGCCGGCUAAGCCCUCAUCUCCAGGGUGUUGCUGCACGACAGAGCAGAUACUCUGCGCUAUUCUUGAGCACCAUCCCAUGGUUCAACUUUGUCAACCACAACCAGCACGGUGUCGACACAGCCAAGUACUACCAGCAAGCUGAGCGGGAAUUGGAGGCCGGACGCUCGUAA